AUGAUUGAUCCUGAAUCAACUGCCGAUUUUGUUGUAUGGCAAACUGGUAAUUGGAUUGCAUUGACAAUACCAAAUGUUAGACCAGAUUUAACUGGAACUUAUAAACUACGUGUUGUUACUCCAUCUGGUGAAUAUUUUACAACAGGUGAUCUGUCAGUGAAUGGACAAAAACUACAAAUGAAACCAUAUAUCCCAUCACAAGUAGAAGGACUUAAACCAUUAUUUACCAAAAAACUUCAAGAUUACACCGCUGAAGUGAAUGAAACAGUUAGAUUUAGUGGGCGUUUAGUAGCUGAGCCACCUGCCACAAUUAUUUGGAAACAUAAUGGUAUUCAAAUUGAAAACAACAAAAGAAUUGAAAUCUAUAAUGAUAAUAUUAAUCCAUUACUUAUUAUACAGAAUGUAAAAGAUGAAGAUUAUGGUGAAUAUAUAUGUUCCGCAUCAAAUGUACUUGGUCAAACUGAAACAAAAGCAUUUCUAUAUAUACAAAGUACUUAUAUGAACCCAGUAGUUACGAGCAUGAUACAACUGAACCGUACGAGUCUACUGCUAGACCAACACGGUGUUCAGUUUUGCCGUCAAGAGUAA